GUACUAAUCAUAGGUAGAAAAGAAUCUCACCGACGACUACGAUGAAGCCGAAGACCGUACAGUAGUUUGUACACUUUUCUAUCUAUCUCUCCGUCUCAAUCUCAAUGCUCACUCUCACUCACGCACAAGCUCUGUUGCGCUUCUAUUGGAAUCACAUUUGCUCGACCUUACCGUGAGAAAAAAAAAAAAAAAAAAAACAAAGCCAAGUCUGGAUUUUCUGUUCUUCCUCGCAGGUGGAAACCGGGAUGAAGAAAUUAGAAAAAACCCUAAGAGAAUCUAAUCCAGUGGCUUCUCAAGUUCCGGUGACGGAGGUAUCAAUGGAAGAAGUGAGGAAGAUUGAUGUCUCUGGGGGAAACAUAUCACUUAUUGUUGAUUUUAGCGGCUCUUUAACUGGGAGUAGUUCUUCUGACAAUGUCUUUGAAUCUAAUGGGAGUUGUCUGGUUGGGAAUCUUGUAUGGGCCGUGAAUAAAUCCAAGAAAUGGUGGCCAGGGGAAGUUGUUGGUUUCAAAGCUGAUGCUAAGGAGAGUUGCAUGGUUAGAUAUCUUGGUGGUCAGAGCCAGCCUGUCACUUGGUGCGCACCUUCCAUGUUGAAGCCUUUCAAGGAGAGCUUUGAGGAGAUAGUGAAUCAAAGAGAGGAAGUAAGCUUUUUUGUUGCCGUGGAGAAAGCUAUGACCUUGUUGGGCAACUCGUUGAAGCUUGAGAUGACUUGUUCUUGCAUUGCUGAAAGGAGGAACGGAGUAAUAAUGCCAAAGCCGCCUUUGCCUUUGCCUUUGAUACUGCGUGAAUUCUCUGUAGAUGGAAUGGAGCCAAGAGAGUUUGUCGCUCAGCUGAAGAAUCUAGCGGAAUGUGUUUCGAGUGGUGGGAUACUUGAGCUGACUGUUAUGCAGAGUAGGUUAUCUGCUUUUUAUUCUUUCUGUGGCCACAAGCAGAUACCAAUGGAUCAACUACACGGCGAGGUUAGGACAAGUUUUAGUGCAGCUAAGAUGAAAGACUGUGAGUUCGUUGGUUCUCCAUCUGUUGUUGCAGGUAGUAGCAGGAGGAGGUUUCGGAGAGAAUGGUUUAGGAAAUUUGUCAGUGAUGUUGACAAUGCGUCUGCAAGAGACCAUCUGGCAAACACGUCUCCUUCUGAUUUGGUAUCUAAACUGAAGCUACUUGCUGUGGAUCACAACAAGUGUUCAGAAGAAACUGAGAAUAUGGGUCUCUUUGAGUGGUUCUUCUCCAAGUUCAGAAUUUCUGUGUUUCAUGAUGAAAAGGCUUACAAGAUGCAGCUGGCUGGUUUGAAAGGUUUGAUGGUAGCUAAAGAUGCAAAUCCAGGUACUGAGCAGAAAACCUCCAAGUCAAAGAAACUAGGGAAGUCAAUGAUUGAGCCUUCCAGUGGUGUCUCAGUCGCUGAUACUGCGCAGAACACCUCUGAGUCAGAGGAAUCACAUAUCGAGACUCUUAAUGUUGUUUCAACUCCAGAUAACGAGCAGAAGUCCUCUAAGCCGAAGAAAUCAGCGCUGAAAAAGACCAAACAUACCAUUGGUCACUCAGAUUUAUCUGCUUCUGUUGCAAAUGAGAAACAAUCAUCAGUACAAUCUCUACACGGGAAAGCUUGUAUGGUAGACACACCAAGCAGACCUGCUGCUACAUUUGUACUGGACUUAAACAGCGGAGACAAUCCUUUAGCCUCUGCAGAGUUUGACCAUUUACAGAAACGGGAGACUUUAAUUCCUCCCAAGGUUCUCCCACAAAAGGAGGAGACACCAAGAACUAUCAUGUUAAACUUUCAGGAGACAGCUCAGUGCACAAACUACGGAAUCUCGGGAACGGGAUUUGCUUCCAGCCAACCAGCUUCGGAGAGAAACUUCACGAGUUCAGACCUUUUCACUAAUGUCACUAGUUUAGAGAAGAAAAAGAGAGGAAGGAAGAGGAAGAUUGCACAAGAGCUUCCACUAGUUGCACAUACCACUAAUGCUAUACCUGACUUAAAUGGAAUAGCUACAGAUCCAGCUUCGGUCCAGCCUCAAGCUGAGCCUACUAAAAGACGUCGGAAGAAAGAGGAGUUGUCUAACGGAUUAACCAGAGGAAUUACAAUUCUCUUGUUCAAAUUUUCCUCAAGAGUGUCAAUGCCUUCAAGGGACGACCUAACGUCAACGUUCUCCGCGUUUGGUCCUUUGGAUGCUUCAGAAACACACGUUUCUGAAGAACUUAGUGGUGCACAAGUCGCCUUUGUGAGUAGUGACGACGCAAUAGAAGCAGUUAAAAGCCUAGAGAAAGCUAACCCGUUUGGUGAGACUUUAGUGAGUUUCAGUUUACAACAGAAACUGAUUAGCGUUCAAAGGAACAUAGCCCCACGAAUGCCUGUAAUCUCUCAAGUUAGUCCAUCACCGAAACUGAACAAUAUACCGACGAGUGUGGAUUCGAUGAAGCAGAAUCUGUUGAAGAUGACUGCGAUGCUGGAGAAAUCUGGGGAUCGUUUAUCAAGAGACACCAAGGCAAAACUGAAAAGCGAUGUCACAGAGCUUCUGGAGAAGGUAAGUUCAAUGCCUAGCUCUUCUUCUUCUUCUUCUUCUUCCUGAACAGUCCCUAACAUACACAUCAGUGGGAUCCUCUCAAAUAUUUUCUAAUGUACCAUGUGUUGUAAUGUUUUGGAUCCUAUUCUAUGAACUCCGUUCUUGUGUCUCCAACUUUUGUUUUAGCGUACCGAAAUAGGUAAACCGAAGAUGGUGACAAUGUUCCAAAAACAAGUCAGCUUCUUUUUCAUGGUUAGAUGUUUCAGUGAUCUGCAGUUAAAUUCUCCACCGUUCAGACGCAGUUCUUGCUUGACUUGGAUAUUUCCAACAACAUUGAUAUGAUAACAUUGGUUCAUCUCUUGUCUCUUUUACAUUUUGAGAGGAUCUGAAAACAUGUGUCUUUUCAGACAACAACUCUGAUUUCCACUCGAUCUAAUCGAACCCACGCGAGUAUAUUCACAUACAGCUAGCUACACAAGUAGAAAUCAACAACACUAAGAAGCACGGCAUCUCUGUCAGCUAGGGAUACACGACAAAUGUCUCUCCUAGCUUUAUGUCCCACGAUCAGCAUUUCACUCGGAAUAUAGUGAGAAAAGUGUGAAUCAUUUUGUAAAUGGCAA